GGAAGGGGCAGGGAGCAGAAGAGCCAGACUGCUUCUCCAGGCGGUUGGCGAGGGCCGCUCCGAAGGAACUGCAGGGUGGUUUUGCCUGGGGGGCAUCCCCAGAGCCACUUAUGGGAAGAACUGAGCCUGGCAGAAGAUGGCAUCCCAGGUGGAGAGAAGAGUGGAGGCCUGGAGCUGGGUCACAGGAGGAAGUGGCCAUGACCAUGAACACCAGCUCAGACCGGUCCUUCUUCCCCGGCAAUCACUGCCUCUACUUCUCCGUGUACCUCUUCACCUUCCUCAUGGGGCUUCCCCUCCACCUGGUGGCCCUGGUGAUCUUCGUGGGCAAGCUGCAGCGCUGUCCGGUGGCCGUGCACGUGCUCUCGCUGAACCUGACCCUAUCGGACCCGAUCCUGUUGCCCUUCCUGCCAUUCCGCGUGGUGCAGGCAGCGAGCGGCACGUGCUGGUCCCUGCCCUUCAUCUUCUGCCCCUUCUCCAGAUUCCUCUUCUUCACCACCAUCUAUCUCACGUCCCUCUUCCUGGCAGCUGUGAGCGAUGAGCGCUUCCUGAGCGUGGCCUACCCAGUUUGGUACAAGACCCGGUCAAGGCCGGGACAGGCUCGCCUGGUCAGCGGGGCCUGCUGGCUCCUGGCCGCUGCUCACUGCACUGUGGUCCAUGCCACUGAAUUCUCGGGGUGCUCCUCCCCCACCCAGGGUAUCAACGGGACCUGCUACCUGGAAUUCUGGAAGGAUCAGCUGCCGGCCUUUCUCCUGCCUGUCCAGCUGGAGAUGGCUGCGGUCCUUUUUGGGGUGCCCCUGCUCAUCACCAGCUACUGCUGUAGCCGCCUGGUGUGCGUACUCGGUAAGGGAGCCAGCCAGCGCCGGCGGAAGAGGCGCGGGCUCGCAGCGGCCAUGCUGCUCAACUUCCUCGUCUGCUUUGGGCCCUACAAUGUGUCCCAUGUUGUGGGCUACAUCCAGGGUGAAAGCCCCAAGUGGAGAAGUUACGUGCUGCCCCUCAACACCCUGAAUUCCUGUGUCGACCCCCUUGCCUACUAUCUCUCAUCAUCUGGGUACCAAGCUGACUUCCAGGGGCUGCUGGGGAGGCUGACUGGAGCCUGUGGCCCUUGGUGGCAGGAAGGCAGCGUGACACCGAAGAGUGAAGGAGAGGGGCUGCCGCAGGAGCUAUCUAACAUAGAGGUCAGGUAGUGGACUCUAGGGGGGCUCUGCAGCGGGUGGCCAGGAGGCCUGGCCUGCAAAGCGGAUCAUCGCUGGGGCAGGUCCAAGCUCAAGUCAGGCAGAACCUUGGAGAGGCAGGCUGGGGAUUGGCACUGUUUGGGUCAGAGCAGGUACCCAGCCUUCCUCAGGAUGUGCCCACAAGAGCCCAGCUCUUGAUCUCGCCAUACUGCCCUCCCUUCUCGUGCCCCAACAUGCUCAGGGAGCAGUCAAGGUGAGAGAGAACUCUGGAGAAGAAGGCGCUCUCCAGGGCAGCAUGCGAGCUCCUGUGCUUUGCUGAAGGUGAAGGAGGAGCUGAGAGCAGUGUCCAGGGUCUGAGGGAGCUGCCCAAUGACUUGGGACAGAAGAGAGGAGGAAUCUGUCCUUCAGAACUACUGACUCAGCUGGGCAGGAAUGGGGACACAGGACUCCAGGAAUGAGGGAGCAUACUGCUGUCACAUGCGCUCUUCCAGAAAGUUUCCACUCUUCAAUAAAUUCAGACUUUCAGGGACACUUAUGAAAAAUGACAGAAGAAAAAUCACCUAAAUAAAUUUGG